CUUUGUGAACAGUGAAUAAAGAAUUUUAAAAAGUGUUUAAUUCGUUAAAAAAAUGUUUUUUAAAAUAAGGAAUAGUUUUAUAUUAGUUUGUGAAAUAAUAAUUUUUUGUUGUGUAUUAUCAGCAUUUGAGAAUGUUAAUGGAAAAUGUAUCAUCUAUAAAUCCGAUGGGACUGAAAUGACUGAGAACGAAUGGUCUGUUGGAAUGUAUAUACCAAUUAUUGAUAACUGGACGGAAACAUCUUUAUUGGCAUCACGGACGAAAAAUAUUAAAUCUAUAGAAGUUAAUUUAAAUACCAUUCGUUCUAAUUACUUCAACAUUGGCUUGGAUCCUGUUUAUAAUUUAUUGACAAUAAAUUUGACUGAUGAAUUUGCAAAUUACGAAGUAUAUGAGACAGUAGAAGUAGUUGAAGUGAAGAUUAACUUUGAUUGCGAGUCAUCUGGUGAAAAAUCAAUUGUAAUUAGUCUACCAAUAACAGACUCUAAUAAUCAUGAUCCAGAAUUUAUAAAUGCUCCUUACGAAUUUACAAUGGGAAUGCCACUUCUGAAAAAUUAUUCUUUUGAGUCUCACGGCAUAGCCAUCAUAGCAAGGGAUAUUGACAUAUCAAAUAAAAAUUUAUCUUUCAGCUUGAAAUCUGAUAACGGUAAAAGUAAUGGAUUUUCUAUACUUUGGUCUGGUCAAAGUAGUGAUAACAGAAACAAACCGAUUUUCAAGGCAAUUUUAAUUACAACAGAGUUAAUAGACCUACACGAAAAUGUAACAUUUACUAUAGCUGCUCAGGAUACUGGACAACCCGUUAGAGAAACUAAUACGACAAUCACCAUUAAUGUGGAAAGAGCUAGAUCUACAUUAAUGUUUUCAAAAUCACUAUAUAUCGCUGACUGCAGGUCCGCAGAAGUUGGAAAGGAUGCAGAUAUUGUAUUUGACCAAAAAAUUGUCAUAUUAAGAGGGGCUGAGCUAAAUAUAAAUAUUACUAUUUUGAGUAAUCCCACAGGAUAUGAACAAAAUUUUCAGUACGAAAUGGUAUAUGAAACAUCAAUGAUCUCUUUAAAGUUAAAAAAUCCACCUGUUACAUUAUUAACCAUGAAUUCUAUGCUUUUGGAACUUCAGAUCUCAAAAAUAGGAUCUUUAACUUCUACUGUAUUAUUUAUUAAGUUGCCAGGUAUAAGCGAUUCAACUUUUCCACCAAAACUGUAUUUUAAAAGUGAAUUUCACAGAUUAGAAAAAGAUUUCUCUUUCACUGGUACUUUAAUAGCUGAAAAGGCUGAUUUAGAAAAUGUCAAUGGUGAUAUCAACUACAGCAUUAGAUACGAAUCAAUAGGUGAAGAUGAAAAAAUUUCUAUUGAUCGAAUAUCUGGAGAAGUGAAAGUUAUUAAAAUGCUCUCUCCAGGAAUUUACACUUUUGACAUCAUAGCUAAUGUGACUGAACAUAACUUAUCAGCAAGAACAAAGGUAUUGUUAGUAAUUACCCAUAAAGAAAUUGACUAUGCAUUACGUAUUAUAGAAGUUGAAGAAGAAUCGCCUCAUAAAGAUAUUUUAUCACUUGGUAGUGAAUUUUGCGAUUACACAAUCCAGUCUCAAACUCCUGACAAAGGUUGGUUUUACCUUGUCAAAAAUAGUUUAUAUUCGAAUGCUAUUGACCGUGAAUCAACUGAUUUUUUAAACUACUCCAGUGCUCAAGUAAGAUUAGAGAUUGAAGUUAUCUGUCCAUCGAAUCAUCUAAAUGAUAAACAAGUUAAACGUGCCACGGAAUAUAAUGUCGCUAUAGGAAAUAUAUUAUUUAAUUAUUCUCAGAUGCAUAUUAUUGCAAUUAUAACUGAUAUUAAUGAUAACGAACCAGUUUGGGAUACACAAAUUCCAAAAACUAUUGGAUAUCUGGCAAAGGAAUUAUCAAAAUUCGUGUUAACUCCUUGUGUGUAUAAUCUAUCGGUGAGUAACUUUGUAAAUCUUGCUGAUAUUAUAUCCGUUUCACAAAGUUAAACUUUCUUCAAACCCAAAAAAAUUAAACAUUUUUGGGAAGUAGGACAAAAUAAGUAACCAUGUCUAUCCGCUUUACCCAAUCGAGUCGUAUAUUCCCGUCGUCAUUUUCGUUCCCGGUCAUUUUCCCGAAUCUAAUUUUCCGAAAGACGCUCUCCCAAAUUACAAAAUUUCCGAAUACAUUUUUCCCGACUGUCUAUGUUCUCGAAAAAAAAUUUCAUUAAAAAUAAGUGGAAAACAUUUAUUAGAAAAUAUGACAUACAGUACAAAGCUAUAAAAAUAAACAACACAAAAAUAAAAUACUAUAAAAAUGAAUAUAUAAAUUUUACAAUGCUAUGUAAUAAGAUAAGGCCUGCAAAUAAUUUAAAAUGUCGUCAUUGUUUUUGUAUUCGUCAUAUUGCGCACAUUAAGACACUCUUAAUAAGCUUUACCAUCUUUACGUUUAGAACGUUGAACAUAUCCACCUGAAACUAAUUUUGUACCCAAAUUACAAGCUUUAUCGGUCUCCAUUAACAAUAAUUUUAUAAAAAUAUAAAAAAAUAACAUUUAAAAAACUAACAUAAUUAAAAAAAUAAAUGCCUCGCUACUAUGACAGUUUACCCAGUUUAAAAUAUUGCUUCGUUGCUAUGGAAACAAAUCUCUCUUCUUUCUCGGGAAAAAAAAAUUUGGCACAUUACUUAUUCGGAAAAAUGGUAUUCGGAAAAUUAGAUUCGUGAAAAAUGUAUUCGCGAAAAUUGUAAUUUGGGAGGGCGUCUUUUGGGGAAUUAGAAUCGGGAAAAUGUACGGUAAUCAGUUUAUUAAGGGUGAGGCGACCAACCUUAAAUGAAAGGUGACAAGAUGUCUUUUGAAAAUUAUUAUCUUCUUAUAAAAUUUGGAAUCUGGGUGUUUUUGAGAUCGAUGAUAACAAAUCUUAUG